AUGUUAUUCUACUCUUUAUUUUUCUUCUCUCUAACAAUAACAAUUAUUUUUGGACAACAAACAACACUUUAUGUCAAACGUGGUGAUAUAGCUGAAUUAUGUGACAAUCGUUCAACAUCAAUUUAUGCUUAUGAAUAUCGAAGUUUUGAUGGUAAAAAAAAUUUAAUUGUUGAACCAACUAAAGAUGAUCGUUAUUCAAAUCCGUAUCGUACAAGUUUAUUACGAAUAAAUAAUGUUAAUGAAGAUGAUAGUGGAUUAUAUAAAUGUCCACAAGAUGAUACGGAUUGGCAAAAACUUCAAGUCUAUAUUCCCGUUCAACAUAUAUAUUUGAACAAUCUACAUACAACAUCACGAACUCGUACAAAUGAUUUCUGUGGAAUUGAUAAUAAUAAUUGUUUAGUUAUGGUUGAAGGUGAACCAUUAGAUAUUGUUUGUGCUGUUGAUGGUUCACCUCGUCCAGCUCUUGAUAUAUCAUUAGAUAAAAAUGGUACCACACCAACAAUUAUGGCAUUAGCAAGUGGUAUUCAAUCUCCAUCUAUCAUCAAUAAUCUCUUUAAACCAAGUGUCUAUGAAGCUUAUCGUAUUGCUGGAUUAAAAUCAUCGGAUAAUGGACGAAAUCUUACAUGUCGUGUUGAUAUGAAACAAAUUAAUAAACAACUUAUGCUAUCAGUAACAAAACAAUUAUAUAUUGAAUUUCGACCAACUGUUAUAGAAAAAUCAAGGAAAAUCUAUUCAGGUAUCAAUCAAACACGUACUAUUAACUGUACUGUUGUACGUGCUAAUCCAACAUAUAUACGUUAUACAAUCAAUGGUUUAGCUCCAUCAAUUAUUCAGCGACCAUCUGGUGGUGAUCAAAAUCAAUUACAAUAUACAUUUGAUAUAACACCAACAUCAAUCGAACAAUUUCGUCCAUUUAAUGUAACUGCUAAUAAUAGCAUUGGUUUUGAUACAUGCACAUAUGAAUUAAUUCAUGGAGGUGUACCGGAUGCUAUAAGUCAGUGUACAGUUGAUACUUAUUCAUCAAAUGUAACUAUAACAAUAAGUUGUACGAAAAGUUAUGCACAAGGUGAUAAUGAUGGUUAUGUCUGUACAUUAUUUAAAUAUAAUGAUAAAGAUAAUCGAAAAAUGUUUGAAGAAAUUGCUCGAACAAAAUCUUGUAUAUUUGCAUUAGAAAAUUUUCAUGAACCUGUAGAAUUUCGUGUCUCAGCAUUUAAUCGUUACGGUUCAUUAUCAAUUAAUACACAUGGUUAUGUUAUACAAUUAAAUCAGCCAACAUUACGAAAAGAUACACCAUUUUUUAAUAAGAAAAUUCUUGUUGUUAUUGGUAGUAUAUUUGGUGGUGCAAUUUUAUUCUUUUUUCUUUGUUGUCUUUGUGGAACAUGUCAUCGUGAUCGAUCAAAACUUGCUGAAAGAAACAAUUUCUAUCAAAAAGAUAAAUAUCCGCGCUCGUCGACCGAGAGCGAAUCAUUAAAACCAAUAACUGAUGAGACUAUUUCACAUUUAGUUCCAAAUGGUAAUCAUCAACAUCAUCCAAAUGGAGCUGUUUAUGAUAUUCCAACUCAUUUAAAUGGUAAAUAUUCUCAACAACCAUCUUCACCCUCAUCUGUUUAUCAUCAACAAAAACCUCAACAAUCAGCAAAUAUACAUUAUAUUGAUCAAGAGUCAAUAACAAAUAGUCUUAAUACAAUACCAACACGAGCACGCACAUUUAAUAACAAAUUUUAUGGUAAUCCACUAAAUGACAAUAAAUAUGGACCAAUGACUCCAACAAAUAUACUUGCAUCAACAAGAAAAAUGCUUCAUGAUACUGAUGAAAAUAAUGAAGAAGAAGAUGAAUCACCUGUUUAUUCAACAACAACUGAUGUUAUGUCUGAAAGUGGUUCAUUUCUUGUGUCAUCAUCAUCAACAAAACGUCGGGCACCACCUCCACCUAAACCACGUUAUUCAACUCUAGGUUCUAUUCGUUUACCAAUAGAUAGUCUAGAUAAACAUCCGAUGCCAUUACCUAAACCACGAUCACGUUCAAAUUCACGUACACGUUUAAAUAAUGGAAGUUCAGAUAAUUCUUCAUAUUUAUAUGAAGAACGUCUUGUAUCAUCAUCAGAUUCUGGUAUAGGACCAUCCGAUGUUGUUUGUUUACCUAAUGGUGAUACAAUACGUUCAGGUCUUGUUAAAUUACGACAAAAUAGUUUACAAAAAAAUUCACCUAAUUCACCAUUCUUUUUACCGCCAGCGAAAUAUGAAUCAUUGACAUCACCUAUUGUUCGUGGUACUGAGUGUUAA